UUACAGGGUAAUUUACCAGAUAAUAUUUCAAAUUUAAAAGAAUUGGAGUCAUUUUGGUUAUAUGAUAAUUCAAUCGAGGGUACUAUUCCACAAUCAUAUGAACUUUUGACCAAGGUUUUUAUAUUCAAUUUCAAAUCCAACAGAUUAAGUGGUCCAUUAAGAGAGUUUAUUAGUUGGAUGCCCAAUUUAAAUGAAUUAGAUUUUAGCAAUAAUAAUUUUAGUGGAAGUAUACCAAACGAGUUAAACUACUUAUCAACGCUUUACUUAGAGAACAAUCCAUUAUUAUUUGGU